AUGACGUGUCCGUUCUACCCUGCUAACAUUUGGCUUCAGUUUUUCUAUCAACCAACUGUCUCCGGAGAGAAACAUGUUGGAUUCUUCAAACUAAAAACAUGCAACAACUUCGGUGAAAUUUUGGUCAAAUGCUCCGGUCGAUCCAUGGAUGCCAAUGUCAGAUUAUCCACAUUAGAAUUAGUCUUCGAUGCUACAGCCUCCGGCCGCGUCACACAGAAGUCAUUUCACGUUGUGAACCAAUGCGAGCUUCCUGUGACCUAUGAAAUCAUUUGUGGUCCAGUCUACUGUAAAACUGCAAAAACGCAAACCUGUUCCACCGCAUUUCCCAUUUUGGACGGCGCAGUGAAUGGAGUAGUGGACAAGGGACAGCGUGUUAGGGUGGUUAUAGGAUUUGCACCCAACUUCCCAGGUCACUAUUUCCGCCGGAUAGCGUUGCUGGUCUCCGGUCAGGAGCCGCAGUUUUUAAACCUUCACGGUUCUUGCCACAGCGGUGACCAUCAACCGCACGAGAUAGCGUUACCAAAUCAACGAAACGACGGGUCAAUGCUGGCUACGAAUGAACAGCUGCAGACAGGCGAAGCUAACUCACGCUGUGACUAUCAACCCCGAACCUCAAUGGAAAGUGGAAGAACGAGGGCAUUUGAACAGUAUGUGGAACUCCGUGGACUGCAUAACUCAGCUGUGAGUGAUGCCAUACUAUGA